UGUGUCGAGGGGCGGCGACGCGGGAGCCCGCAGUCAUGCUGAGAACCUCAGCGGAGUCAGUGGACACACGUCGCGAAGGUUUUCAUCGUUGCGAGAAAAAAUCGUUGCGUGACAAUUUGUCCAAAAAACUUAUGUUGAGGACAGGGCGCGACAACAACACAGAAUACGGCUGUGAAUACGAGACGAGAUGGUUAUUAUAACGACGCGCCAAUCGAAGCGAUAAUAAAUAUUGUAGUUACAUGAGGAUACUGAAAUUUAUUUUACACACCUAUACUAUACGUUCAGUGCAGUGUAUUAUAUUUUCAUGUGUUGUAGAAACAACUAGUGAUUACAAUUCAGCUCCGUUAGCACUUGAACAGUGGAUUACUCUACGUCACGAAGAUUGCUGCGAUAACUUGGCCGGUGAAAUUCGGCCAGUCGACGUCGACAACGACGCAUUCAGUGGCGGCGUCUGCAGCGGGUAGUGCCCGCCGCGUGGAUGGUGGCGGGCGAAUGGGGCUAUGCGCCGGCGUCGGCCACCCCCGCCAUGAACGCUUUCCUCGAGACCAACCACGCGCAUCUUGCCUCCUAUGGGCUGAAAAUGUCGCCGCAGCCGGGGUGCGGCGUCGACGCCCAACAUCGAGUGGCCGCGCCGCAUCCGCCGCCUCCACACCACCCUCCACACUACCAACCUUAUCCGCUGCAUUCGUACCAAACAGGAUAUUUACGAGAGUACGGUGGCUGCGGGGAGCUGUUUCCCCAGCAGCCACUGGAGCAGAGCUGGGACUGGCGAGGCGAUGUUCAUUAUCAAGGCGGUGCACCGCCGCUUGUCCCACACGCCCACGCCCACGCACCACACGCGUUCCUCCGAUAUGUGCGCGCACCGCCGCGGCGUGACAUGCGCUGUCAGUGGCUUGAUCCUGAACAACCACCGCCGCGAAAAAUGUGCAACAAACUAUUCUCGAGUAUGCAUGAGAUCGUGACGCAUUUGACUGUGGAACAUGUAGGCGGGCCCGAGUGUACGACGCACGCGUGCUUCUGGCAGGGCUGCUCGCGAAACGGCCGACCGUUCAAAGCGAAAUACAAACUAGUGAAUCAUAUUCGCGUGCAUACCGGUGAGAAGCCAUUUCCCUGUCCGUUCCCUGGAUGUGGUAAAGUGUUCGCGCGAUCAGAAAACCUUAAGAUACACAAGAGGACACAUACUGGUGAGAAGCCAUUCAAAUGUGAGUAUGCUGGCUGCGACCGAAGAUUUGCGAACUCAUCGGAUAGAAAAAAACAUUCGCAUGUCCACACGUCGGAUAAACCUUAUAACUGUCGCGUCCAUGGCUGCGAUAAGUCGUACACGCACCCAUCGUCUCUACGGAAACAUAUGAAGGUGCACGGUGCCACUGGGGACGCCUCGCCGCGGUACGACAGUGACGGAGACGAUUCCUCCUCGGCUGGCAGUGUUAGUGUAACAGCCGGUGCAGCCAGUCCUGUUGCUCCUCCUCCUCCACCAAUUACGUCAGGCCCAACGCACCACCCACACCAUCAUCCUUCUAUAGCAGAUAAAUUAGAAAGCCUAAACGAAAAGUACCUCAACCCACAUGACCAAAAACCAUACGAACGCCCACCGGCUCCACCUCAUCAACAUCAAUCUCCGCAUUUAACAAAUAUCGGAGGAAAUGGUGUAAUGGACAAUAAAAUAGGUUUCGGCGGUCACUGGAGCCAGUUCCAGCAGCCGGCGGCGACGAUGCCUCACGGUGUGCCCGAGUGGUGGUGCCCGACGCAAGAGUCGUAUCACCACCAUCAUUUGAUGCAUCACUCGGGCGCCGCGGCCGCCUAUUGACCGCACCGCGCUUAGAGAACUCUUCAUUCGACGGUUAGUUGACAUAAGAACCAAUGCAAAUUCCUAAUAGUCACUUGUAAGUAGGUAGGUUAAAAUAUUUCCGUUUUGUGUUUCAGUGUGAGAACGAAAUUGAUUGAACAAUGUACUUGUAAAUUAACGUGGAAUGAAAAGUUUUUUAAGCGCAACUCGAGUGCUUUUUUAGGAGUACAAUACGCUUAUUAAUUAGUUCAUUAACAUAGUCCGACCAGUAAAUCUUAUACAGCCGUCCGAUGUCUUAGUGAAUCCAGCCACAGUUCUGUCUAUUAAUAUUCAUAAAGACGAUUCAAAAUAUAUUAGGAAGUAAUUAUCAAGGAAAUUAUGCAAAACUUAAAGAUAACUAGUUACUGACUAUUACUGCUAGUUGGAUGUAAUAUUCACAACGCGACAUAUUUUAAUAAACAAAGUGUGUUCACAAGGUUUGGUUGUCGCUUUUGUAUCUUUUAUACCUUAAGGGAAUAAAAUUACAAUACAGCAAAUAUUUUUGUCAACAUCUUUGUUGACAGUGAUUUAUUAUAUCUUUUUAUAUUGCUAUUACAACAGGCGUUUUGUAAAUUGAAUUCUUCCUACAUUUUUUUUAUAUAUUCAUGCGACCAGCAACGUGGUAAGAAAUUUUAAUUACUAUUAUAACUUGACAGCUAAUUACUUGAAGUUACAUUGUUUCCAGCACUAUAUUAUGAAUAUUUGACAAGCUGUACUUUACAUAAAAUUAUAACGAUCAUCAUGGCCAAAGCACCGAAGUCUUAAAACUACGAUUUAUAGGUUGUAAAAAUCAUGUAAAGUAACUUUAAGUUUAGCAUUGUGUAAAGAUAAUAAAUUCUAAGGAAAUGCCCAGUGAUAAUAGAAAUAAGCGAUUCAUUUUAUUGUAAAUUACUUAAUUGUAGUUGCUAUUUAAUUGUGCUACCUAUUUCUGAAUUGUAUGACUAUAAUGCUAUAUGUAUGUUCAUAAUAAUAUACUAUUUUUACACGGGCCGAUGUUUUAGAUAGAGAUGAUAAAUUUGAAACUUAUGUCUAUGAUAUUAUUAUAUACCUAUAAAUGACUGAAAGAGCACGAAGUAUUUUAAGUUAUUUUAAGAUGAAUUGUUGUAUUUUCUACAGCCCUGUAAAUA